GCCGGUAACGCCCCGCGGCCCCGCCCCUGCCGACCUGCCGGCGCGGCCGGGCCCGGGGCGCUGGCCGGGGCGCAGGACGGGCGACUAAUAUCCUACAUAGAGAGUGAGACUGAAUAACAUGCACAUGCUGAUUACUGGAGGAGACACUGAAGGUCAUCCUGUUUUUAUUUAGCAGUGUUAUUAUUUGAGUACGGAUUUCAACAAAUAAAUUCUUCUUAAAGAUGCAGAACCUGUCACCAGUAGAAAAUCUUGCUAAUACAGAAACAUCUCACUGGAUGUCUCUAGAAGACCUAACAGUUGAAGUAGGCAGUACGCCUCUUGAUGGAAGUGACUGUAACUUGAAUGAAAGGACAAGUAAUGAAGAAAUUACUAAUCUUGAAGUAAAGCAGCUAAGCCUCCCUGUAGUAAACAGCAAAGGGAGAAGUAGUGAGGGCUUUUCUGAGAGCAGUUACGGUACCUCAGAACCCGGUGGUUCCUGGGGUGAUUUUGAAGGCUUCAGGGAGUCCUUAGACAAAUCAGAGGGAUUCGGUCACAAUCUUGACGUUUUGGGGAAGCCAACAAAAGCUUCUGGAGGUGACAGGGACUCGAGCCGUGGAUGUUGCAGUGCUUCUGCUGGACACGUUCAUCCUGAACCGUCUCUACAUGGUGGGACACAGGAGGCCUUGAGCUCUCACAAGGAGGAAAACCACAGCUAUGAGGAUAUAUUUAAGUUGGGCUUUCCUGAAGUCUUUGUAUCACAGUCCAGAGAGAGCAUAAGAAGCUUGGAUCAAGUACUUGAUACAAAUAGUGAAGAUGUUGGGAUUCCUGAACUUAUGGAGAAUCAAGUUUGCAUUGAUUCUGAAAACAUAUGGAGAACACUUACAGACUUUGAUAAUACCCCCAGCUUAAGACAUCCCUGGAGUAAAUCUCAUUGCCAAGAAAACCUCUUGAGUGUUCUUGGAAUAGAUGCAAAUCAAAAGGACUUUUUGGAGAGCCAGGAUGACUUUUUUGAAGAAUCAAAUGAUAAAGAUAAUGAGGACUUCAGAUUUGAUGGAUCCAGUAUUAAUGACUGCAAAGCACUGAUCCAGACCAAGCUUUCGGUAUCACCAGAUUCCAGACAUGCUCAUCCUUUUACCUGUAACCUCUUCUUGAAAACCUCAUCGUCAAAUGGAAACAUGCAGUAUAUAACAAUCCCAAGGAAAAAGCACAUUUUCACUACAGAUAACCUAAAAAUGAAAUUUUUCAGUAGUGAUGUUUGUUGAACCAAACACACUUUAACGUUAUUUUUUUUCUUUUUGAACUGAAUGCAGUUUAUUAUACAUUUUGUUGCUGGCUUGGUACUAUAGACUACACAGGUUUUUUAGGAAAGUGAUGUAUUACUAUAUGUGAGGUACCUAAAGCCACAUUAGUAGAAGGUAUUUAUCCUAUUUAGUUGUGAAGUCAAAAGUGUAAUUUUGUUCCAAGUUUUGCUGCAGAGACGUGUCUCUUAACAGCAAAUCCAGCUGUGACCGCACGUCAAAGAGGGUCUGGUGGACUGUUCUACUGAAGCACUGACCUUUCAGGCCUUAAUGCCUCUUCGAUCAAAAACCUUGUUUCCCUGCCAAAAUCUACCCACAUCUCAGGAGUGCUGUGAAUGCGCCUUGUCACCAGCGCUCCUCAUUCUUGGUCCAGUUUGGAUCAGCUGAGAUCUGUGACUUUGCCACUGCUGAACAUAAUGAGAGGAACCUUCUAUGUCUGGUGGCUUUCACUGGGGUUUGGGAAAAUGAAACUGUUUUAACUUCUGUCUGGUGAAACCUGCUGUGGUGAUACGGGUAGAGUCAGUGAAAUGUUUUGUUCUGAUGUUUGUUUCUAAAUAAAUCACCUCUCUGAA